CUUGUUAACCACCGCUCUCGGACAAAGCUGAGGUCGCAUUGCCUGCACGAGCGUCGUCUGAAGAAAAGCGCUUGGCGAUUAGAGUGUCUCGAAAACCUUUUCUUGCAAAGUGGGAGAUAAUGAGACUCGCCGUUGUCAUCAUCCUAGUCGUCGCCCUCACUAUCCUGCUUUUCGAAGAGGCUCUCUCUAGAAUAUCGAAACCCAGAUUGAAACCAAAGUUAAAAAGGAUGAAGAUCUCAAGAUCGAAGCUUAAAACGACGCGCCAUAAGACCAAGCACCACACAACUAAUGCAAAACCGAAGAUUGCGAAGAAACCAGGAGCUGGAGCAACGGAGGUCCAUAAGCAUCGCGGGUUUGGAGGUGGUACUGGACUUUAUACAGCGCAAGUUGCAACUGAGACAGUGUCUUCAUUGGGCACUACUGGAAGCAGUAUCGCAUCGACGGUAUUGCAAAAUCGAGGAGCUAAAAAUGAAGCUGCGGGUGAAGCCGAUCAGCAGAACGAAGAGGAAAAGUCCGAAAGUACGCAGUGAACGGCCUGAACAGAUUCGUAACACUGCCGGAUAAUGCUAACACAUAAAGCGGAUACUCUCCUGUUUACUAACAUUUGCUAACACUAAAGACAAGCAAGAUGUGGAGAUUGAACCAACUGAGGAUGAUUAUUGCUUCCCGCCAUGCACUUCUAACUUCCGUGCUUCAACGAACUUUUGAACAUUCACUUCCAUAAGAAAUCUGUUUUAAUAUUUUGUCCAGUAAUAGAUUGCAACUUUUGUUUUUACAAACAGCAGUUUACUAGCAAGUCGUUGUCUUGUUUGAUAAAGAAGCUCUUUAUAAAGCCUUUUAUCAUCCUCACGAAGCCAUUUGCGCUGGUAAAAAUAUCAGCUACAAACAGCGGCUUUCAUUUAACUGUCCCUCUGGAGUAACUUUAAAUGUACCUGCUUCUACAUUGCGAUUAUUUUAAUAAAGGUUACGUCUACGAAA